AGACUGACUGACUGUUCAGUUCAGUCUCUUCAUUCGUCAAAACUCUUCUUCUUCUUCCACAAGUUAAAGUAUUUCAGGCUUGAAGUUCAAAAACACAGUAAGAAAAUGGUUGAUUCUUCAAGAAAAGAUACUAGGGUUGAGGUUCGGAGAACUGGCCAAGGCUUCAAGAACGCCUGGUAUCCGGCCACCAUUGUUACUCCUCGUUCUCACUCACCAAAGAAGAGGAAGCGUAACAAAAACGACGAACAAGGCUCCAUCGUCGUCGUAAAAUAUCAAAGCAUCUUUACCGACGCCGCCAAAAAGAGACGCCUCGUUGAAAAGCUCGACCGUGCUUUUAUCAGGCCGGCGCCACCUUCCCACACAGAGCCGGAACUUGAUAAGCCAUUUGAGCCAAACGACGUCGUUGAUGCCUUAAACGACGGCGUCUGGUGGACUGGUGUCCUCCUCCGCGUCGAUGACGACAACUGCACUGUUUUCUUCAAGGACUCUCCUGAUCUGAAGGACUUCCACCUCUCACAGCUCCGACCUCACUGGGAUUGGGUGGAAGAAAAAUGGAGUCCGUCACAAAAGCAGGAAAUACAAUACUCAAAAUUCAAACCAGGAACACCAGUAGAAGUGCAUCAUAAGACCAAUAAUACGGGGGUUACAUGGAUCCCAGCUACUGUGAUUGGGGAAAAGGGUACAGAUUCUGUUGUAGUGAGGUGUAAGAAGGAUAAAGCUGAGAAAAUUACUGUACAACUAGAGAUGUUUAGACCUGAGCCUCCUCAAUUGAGUAGUGACAAAGAUUUUCAGUUGAUGGAUAGGGUUGAUGCUUUCUGUGAUUUGGGUUGGUCAGUUGGAUCAAUCACUAAAGUUCUUAUACAAAGAAGGUACGCUGUUAAUUUUGGUACUAUGAGGGAGAGGAAUGAGGUGGUAUUCAAUCACUCUAAACUGCGGUUACACUUGGAAUGGGUUGAUGGACAAUGGAUUACCAAUUCAGGGGAGGUUGUAACCCCACCCACUCAACAACUUCAAACUCACCAAGUAUGUGAUACAGCCACAAACAUUGAUUCACCACCUACCUUAGAUGAAAGCUCUGGUUCUGAACUCAAUGUGACUGAAAAACAAACACCUUGUUCAACCAACAAGGAUGAUGCUCAAAUGAAAGAGCUGCAACAACCCUCAGCUACUGCUACGAAUGUUGAUGGGGCCAAUUCGCCGAAAGUAAAUGGCAAUGUACAAGAAGCUGAAAAUUCAAACGUGUUCGUGGAGCCUCAUGGUGAUGAGUAUGACAUUUCUGUUCUGCUAUCUUUUGAGGAGGGUGAUCAAAAUCCAAACGGUAUAAUAGAGAAGAGGGGAGAACACUCUGAAUUACAAGCUGCAAACUCUCAAGAUAACAAUGAGGAAAGAAACACUCCUUUUGUGAAAAGAUCAAAAGUUUGGAAAUUAGUGGAAUCAUUGGAAGUCUUCCAAAAACUGCCACAGAAGCCUCAUUUUCAUCCUUUGUUGAAAGAGGAAGGCGAUGAAAUUGAACGUGAAGCAUUAGCUUUGAGUUAUAUGGUUAAGUUUGCCUUUUUGAUUGAGAAGAUCUUCAAUUUAGGAGAAGAUGGUAGUAUGGCUGAUGUUGAUUUCGUACUCACACAAUUGACUGAAAUGGAGAAGAUGGGAUUUGAUGUGAAGAUAGUAAAGAAUAAUCUGAAUGAGUGGAGAAGGAAGAAAGUUGAGUUGGAAGAAGUGAAAGCUCAAAUAGCUUUGCAUACUGAUAAAAAGGCUAAAAUUGAUGAGGAGCUGAAGAUAAUUGAAGAGAAACGAUCAUCGCUUAUGUCUGCAAGUGCUCAUGAAGCUUCCCAAGUGAGCAAGUGGAUUGGAGAAGCCGACAUGAUCAAUGAAGCUAUUAAUGCUAUAAUGGAGAGCUCUUAAAAAUACCACCAUGAUCAAUGAAGCUAUUUUUUAUAUAAUGCAGAGUUUAAAAGUCCUGUCCAUUCCUUUUAGUUAAUCUUGGAGACUGGUAAAAAUCGUCUAUAUUUUGUUUCAACUGUUGAAAGCUGGUUAGAUUGUGUUUAUGCGAAUCUUUUGGUGUUCUGUCUUGGUGUACUAAUUAGUUAAGGCUGGCUCCAAGUAUUUUCAUGAACAAGUUUUAGAUUAUGCUUCUUUCUUUUCAA